UGUGGCAACGGUCCCGUUUUGUUGCUAUAGCAACGCUGAAGUUACUGCGUACAAGAAUGCGAGACGGUUCAAGUUGGAUCUUAGCUCGCCACCGAGGUUUCAUCAACUUUAUGAGACUUUGAUUUUGUAUUAUUUCUCGGAGGGUGGCAAAAAAUGGGAUGCGCAAACUCCACGACAACAGCAACAGUCGUGCGGCGGCUGACGACUGACCAGACUGAUACUGGAAGUAAACAUGGUGACCGUGAAGACUCGGCCGUGUCAAAGGGCACCACAGAUAGUGGGGUUGUGGUGGAGAACAGAGACGUCUUGGUCCUACCUGGGGAUAUCCCGGGGAUACUUCCUCCCCUGUCAUCGGGCAGCUUCACCACAGGGUACACGGAGGAAGUUACGAAAGAAACUGAUGCUCCAGUUGUCCCGCAGCAGGACGAGCCAGUAAAGCAGCGACAAAAAUCCAGUGAGAUUCUAGAGGAGCUGAUGAGUGAGGGGAUCAUCCCAGCGGGACAGAGCAAAGAGACCCUCAGUGGGACUUCCUACAGCCUUACAAUGGAGGAUGAGGGAGUCGUCACACGAAGGCCUCCUGCCCGAUUGAAGUCUCUGAAAGUCAAAAAGGCUCAAACGUUCCACAGCAGAGAAGAGAUAGAUGAGAAGAUGAGGCUCGCUGAAGUGAGACGCAAGUCCAACGAGGAGACCCUCAAGACCCGUUUACGGACAAUGUCUGCUCGAGUUCGCGUUCCUGCUCCAAGAUCAAACCCCAGCAGUGAUGAGGACACCUCCCUCAUACCUGUGCAGUCCCUUCCGUCACCUGAACUGUCUCAAUCUCCGGAACAGCUCAGCCAGGACCCUCACGGAUCCCCACAAGAAGCAGAAUUGGUUGAGGAGACUUCAGAUGAUGGUGAGGAACUUAAGAAGCAAAUGCAAGUAAUAGCAAAGAGCUCAGAAGAGGAGGAGGAGGAGGAGGCGACACGGGUGGAGGAGUUCAAGGAUGGUGAGCUGGAGGUUGAUUCAAGCUUUCAGCAAACAAAAGACAAAGACGACUCAUUUUAGCCUCUAUUGCAUUAAAUGUCAAGUCAUAUUUAAGAAGGCAUUGUUUGAAAUAAACAACAAAAAAAGAAAGAAUAAAAUAUUUUAUUUCGCAUGGUCACAAACCCAGUAAACCUGUAAAAUGUUAUAAAUCACAAUGUAUAUAUUGCUUAUAUAUAAAAAAAAAACUCAAGUGCUCAAUGUGCUGCUGAGUUUGACAUAUGCUCUUGCCAAAAAGAACAAAACAAUUUAAAUCAGACUUAUGUUUUACAGGAAGUUGAGAGAAAUCCAAAUGUGUAAGUUCAGCGUAAAGCCAGUUCUUAUUUUAAACACUAGAGGGCAGUGUCAAUGCAUUUUCUUUGCAACAUGAAAUGUUGGAUUAAUAAAACCUUAAAAUACGCAGAGA